CCCGGGGCUCGGAGGAGCCGGGGCAAGUUCCGGGCGCUGCCUGGAGCCGAGGUUCCAGGCCUGGGGGUAGCUUCCAGCCUCCAGACCCCGUGCGGUUCUGGGGACCCUCAGAAGCACCGAGCCAUCCCUACCCUGGGAACUUACCGCAGACUCGCCGGGAUCUGGGAGUGAAGCGACAUGGACGCAGUCAGCCAAGUCCCCACGGAAGUCGUGCUUCCCAAGCACAUCCUGGAUAUCUGGGUGAUUGUCCUCAUCAUCCUAGCCACCAUUGUCAUCAUGACCUCCUUGUUGCUGUGCCCAGCCACUGCAGUCAUCAUCUAUCGCAUGCGGACUCAUCCUAUUCUCAGUGGGGCUGUUUGAGAGCCUCCCAAGAGGGCUGCGUGUGGGAUGAGGACAGGCAUCCUGUCCCCAGCCUCUUCCUGUCUUCAGAAAAGCGGCAGGAGGGACUUUGGGGCAUGGACCUGAGUUCUGGUUUUGAUUUCUGCCAUGAGCCAGCUGUGUGAAUUUGGUCAAGGGACCUAACUCGCUGAGUUCCACGUUCCUAAUCUUUCAAAUGGGGAUGGCGAUCCCUGCCCUUCCUACCUCACAGGGGUGUGGGAACCACCUGACUUAGUGGAAGUGAAAGCUAUGUGAGCAGUAAAACUACCACAGAUAUAAAGGUGUUACGCUGAAUGCUGAGAAGCUUUGAAGAACCAGAGAAACUGAUUGUUUAUGAUGGCCUUAAAGGUGGCGGGGGAGAGAGUGGGGGCAGCGCAGACUUUGCCAGGGCCCCUCAGGUCAAACCAAACCAAGCAAGCACCCCGUCCCCAUCCCAAGGGGCCAGCAGGGCUUUGGCUCAAAGUUAUUUUCUUUAAGGUGCCGUUCCUUCAUGUUUUCUCAGUUUGGAGGGAGAUGGGUAGAGCUUUCUAGAACCUUCUCUAUGCCAGAAUCUCUGCCCUUGUGUAAUCUGAAGGACGACUGUGCCAUCUUUGGGCACUGCCAAGGGAGCUGGGGUGAUGGGCUUCUUUCUGCACUGGAGUCUCACGUCUGUUAGCUUUGACACUCAAGCCAUGUUGGAAUACGCAGGGUGGUGGAGUUCCCUGCCCAGCCUUUGGGGUCUGUGGCCCCCUUCCCCUUUUGUGUGUCCCUCUGUCCAGCUAAUGCUGUAAUUAGCUCCAUGUGUACCCCCUUCACUCCCUCCCACCAGCACUGCAGCCAGCCUAAGGCAACUGUAUUUUAAGAGAUGUUCCCAGGACUUUUGGGACCUACUAAAACAAUGAUGGCUAUUUUAGAUGUGAUAAUUUAUAUUUAUGUAGAGAGAUUUCUGGACCACUCAAGCUCUUCAAUAUCAAUAUUAGGAGCAUCUUGCAAUUUAUUAAAUUAUGUAAGAAGAUAGCACCGAUAUCAGGAUAUUAUUGUGUGAAAAUGAUGCUUUUACUUUGAUGUGAUCUCAUUCAUGUACACAAUCAAUUUCCAAUAAAGUGCUAGAAUGCGCA